AGCAUUGUGCUGUGAGUCACAACAACAAUGAAUCGCCUGCAGUGACGUGUCUGAGCAAGAAAUGAGGAAGCAAAUGAAAUAUGAGAGACGUUAGUGUCAGUUGCGUGUAAAAACGAGAUAACGCACAGCUUUGCGGAUGAACAGUUGACUGUGAAGAGAAAUGACGAUGGCUAGAUACCGAACAUUGAUGGAGCUGCUCUUCAGUGUUGCGAUCCUUUUUCAAGGGUGUGAAUCGGAUGUGAAAUGCAGGGAUGACAACGGAAAGGAGGUGGACUGGUAUAUUGUAUACAAAUACCCCAGCGGGGAGGAUGGCUUGUCGUAUCUGUACAUGGAUGAGAACACCAACGGAUGGAAAGUCAGCAAAGAAGCAAUCAACAGUAAAUCUGGUACUCUGGCAAACACCUUGAAACCUCUUUUUGACUUCUACGACAGAAAGACUGAAGGCUUUGGAUUCAUGCUCUAUAAUGAUCAACCUCCAAAACUUCCAAAAAGACAAUUAUCUGCUGCUCCUGCAUCAUUUGGCCACAGUAAAGGAGUCAUUAUGUUGGACAAGCGAACAGGAGUUUGGCUCUCACACAGUACACCAAAAUUUCCAGAAUAUCGCAACAAAGACUUCUGGCCAAACAGUGGAAACAUUAAUGCUCAAACUUUUAUGUGUGUGACUUACUCCUAUAAGACAUUCAAAGAUAUAGCAUUGCAGCUGGGGUACAUCCACGGUUACUCAUAUGACUAUGACAUCCCAAAAACCUUCCACCAGGAGCUGCAAAGUGUUGCAUACAGAAAAGGCUACCCGAAGAGGAAACCCUGGUAUAGUGUGAAGACGCUGACUUCAAUGGGUGGACAGACAUUUUCCAGCUAUGCAAAAUACGGUCGUUUUAACGAUGGUGUCCCCACAUUUUCAUCCUCGACCACCACAAUUGGGUCACUUCCGGUUCCGAUUGUGAGCACACGAACCGGAAGCUCGCUCCACACACGUGAAAAUAAUUUUGGCAAAACAUACAGCCUACCCAAGAUGGACAUUACAGAGGUUUCCGUGAGUCAGGACAGCAAAUGGAAGAGAAAUAAGAGUAAUAAGCCGAAGAACAAGAGUGGGAGUCGGGGGGGAAAUGGAGGAGCCGAUGGAGCCGAGGCGAAGGAGGAGGUUAAAAUGGAGAAGAGCGAGGCAGAAGCUGCCUUCCCCCCAACUUUCAACGUGUCCGAAAUCAAGAAUAAACAGCGAAGACACUCCAUGUUCGUGAAAUACAAGCAGGAAAAAAGCAAGCUAAAGAUCCAGCUGAAGAAGAAGAAGAAAAAAGAAAGGAAAGCUUUAGGUGACAAGGCGCCACCAAAAGAGGUGCCGAAGACGAUAGAGAACCAGAGGGUGUACGACGAGACUACAGUUGAUCCAGAAGAUGAAGAGAUUGCAUUUGACGAGGGAACUGAUGAGUUUUCUGCCUACUUCAAUGGGUUGACGAACCCUAAAGUGCUCAUCACAACAUCAGACAGACCAAGAGGGAGGACGGUGAAGUUUUGUGAGCAGCUGGCCACAGUAAUCCCGGACGCCCAUGUGUACUACAGAAGAGGUUUGGCCCUGAAGAGGAUCAUUCCUCAGUGCCUGGCCAGAAACUUCACCUACCUAAUGGUCAUCAACGAGGAUCGCAAAAUGCCCAAUGGUUUGGUUCUCUGUCAUCUUCCUGAUGGGCCGACUGCACACUUCAAGAUCAGCAAUGUUCGACUACGCAAGGAGAUGAAGAGACGUGGCAAAGAUCCAACUGAACACUUUCCAGAGGUGAUCCUCAACAACUUCACCACACGGCUGGGUCACAGCAUCGGCCGGCAGUUUGCUGCCCUGUUUCCACAAGACCCUCAGUUUGUGGGUCGACAGGUCGCCACCUUCCACAACCAGAGAGACUUUGUCUUUUUCAGAUUUCACAGAUACAUCUUCAAGAAUGAGAAGAAAGUUGGUAUUCAAGAGCUGGGACCUCGCUUCACCCUCAAACUCCGCUCUCUACAGAAAGGCACCUUUGAUUCAAAGUUUGGAGAGUACGAGUGGGUCCUGAAGCGCCAUGAGAUGGAUGCCUGCAGACGAAAGUUCCAACUUUAAAUGCAAAAUAACAACCAUCUUUUGUGGUCAGGCAAGGACGGUUUAUUAUCAAAGAUAUUACUGCAGUUUUUGGCUUUCCACAAAGGGACUUUGGAGUGGAUAUCCAGAUUCUUUGUGGACGACUAGUUAUCACUUGUCCUUUCAACUAAACUUGAUGACAACACCGAUUACUGGAUUUUUUUUUAAAUAUCACCAAGCUGAAACUCACUAUGAAAACCACUUCUAUAAAGCUGCAUCUGCAGGCCAUGAGUGGGACAGGAGCCUGUAGCUCAUCGUAAGGACUUUACCCUCUCUGUUAGUUUGGAGACCCCGGAGAGGAGACAUGCAGGUGCUCUACAUGAAUCUGAAUAACCUGAAUACAAAUGUAUAUACACAAACUGUAUGAAUGUGGCCCAAAAUGAAUCGGAGUCAUUGUGAACCUGCCCGGGUCACAGACUGCUGUGCAUGUGGGCCUAUUACACCCUGGUCUGUGCAAAUGAUAAAGAGCAGUGACUUAAGUGCAACAGUUCCUGGAAAUUAUGACAUGGUUCAAAUCGUGUCUACAGUGCAGCAGCUUUUGUAUUUGACGGGACUUUAAAAAAAUAAUUAUGGAUGACACAGAACACAUUGCAUAUACUCAUUUUAAUAAAACAUGUUGCUGCCA